AAAAUAUUUAGUAAAAACAAGAUAAACUUCCUCCGAAUUAAAUAUAAGAGUCGGUGUACGUGAGCCAGCCGCAUAAUAAAAUAAACUAUUACAAGAAGCCUUCACCUUAAGACACGAAGCGCUCAACACUCCCAGAAAAGCUCACUCUGAAGUCACUUCCCGAGGUUUCUCUCUCUCUCUAGACUAUAUAGCUAAAGAUCCAAGUGCUGGUAGUAGCUAUUGUGCGCCGGCGGGUAAAGUGCGAAGUACGCAACUAACAGUAUCUUAAUCAACACACGAAUUGCACAGCUCAUUAGGAGCUAGCAAUUGGGCCUGGGCCGGGCCGGUUUACGGAAUCCGGUCGGAUAUGGAUCCACAUGGGCCAGCGAUGAUGGGAGGCGGUGGAGGAGUCUACGGCUACGCCGAGAUCUGGCCGGGUUUUCAGGUGAACGCCAAUGCGACGCCGUAUGGGUUGGGCAUGGAUCCGAUGCUGAUGGACCACGGAUCGGACCAUGGACCAACCAAUCACGGCUCGAGGAAGAGGAAGGAUGAAGACGACGAGAUGUGCGCCAAAGGAGGAGCUUCGACCAGCAAUAGCAACGGCGGCGAUAAUAAUUUUCCGAAUGGAAGUGAUGGUAAAAGGCCGAGGGCUAUGGAGUUGAACGAAAACAAUAUAGAAAAUGAGAAAAAUUCAGACAAGGGUACCAAGAAACCUUCGAAGCCAACCGAACAACCUAAGCAAGACUAUAUUCAUGUCCGGGCCAGAAGAGGUCAGGCUACCGAUAGCCACAGCUUAGCCGAAAGAGCCCGGAGAGAAAAGAUUAGUGAAAGGAUGAAGAUUCUCCAGGAUUUAGUUCCUGGUUGUAAUAAAGUUAUUGGUAAAGCUCUCGUGCUGGAUGAGAUUAUUAAUUAUAUUCAAUCUUUACAGCGCCAAGUUGAGUUUUUAUCGAUGAAGCUCGAAGCAGUAAAUGCAAGUGAGACCGUUGAUGGAUAUCCUUCUAAAGACCAACCUUUUGAGGUUCCGGGCAUAGCUUUCGGUUCCCAAAGCGCACGUGAAUACAAUAGGGACUCGUCUCCAGAUUGGCUACACAUGCAGAUUGGUGGUAGCUUCGAAAGGAUGUCGUGAAAACUAUUAUGGUCUCUACCUAUAUGUACUCGUCGAGUCGAAUUUUUUUUUUUUUUUCCUUUUUUGGUUACCUUUUAUACGUCGAAACAACCUCAAAUGAUGCGGAAAGUGGUCGUAUUUUGUUACGAACUUUGUUUCAUUCAUCACCCGAGAAAGAUUUUCAUAGAAGAUUUAAUGAUCUUUCUGCAAAUAAAUAGAGUUGUAUAUGUUCCAAACGGUAAUAUGCAUUUGUUUGGACUUUGGAGAGUAAGAAAAGCUGAUGGUGCAUUGAACAUAACAAGCUUUGGUUGUUACCUGCAUUUGCAAUCUUCCAUAGGAUAGAAGUGUAAAUGUUUCAAAAUUCAAAU